CCCUUCGCCAAGGCAAAUCCCUGAACCAACCCAAAAAAGAAAAGCAAAUUUUGAAUUUUCUCUCGAUUCAUCGGGGAUCAGAUUUUCUCCAAAGAACUUCUCUUGGGGUUUCCUUCGCUAAGCAAUAAAAUUCAUAGUUUUGGUGAAUAUGCAAGGCGUGAUAACAAAACCAUGCUUCUAUGCACCCGUAGUUCUUAAUCACCAUUAUAGAAAUCCUGUCCGCCAUCAUGUAGAGGUUCCUUCUACAUUCUCACUGCCUUUGAAAAACACGUUUCCAAGCUUCAAGACUAAGGCCUGUCCUCUGCGCGUUGGUGCUUUCUUAACUAGUAGUACUCCAUUGGUGAUGAACAAGCAAGUGAUGGAUGAUGAUCUCCAAUUUGCACCUUUGAAAAGAGGCUCCUCCUAUCUUCCAAGGGCAUCAAAGGACAAAUUGUUUAGUUUCCCACCAUACCCUAAAAUGACAGAGAAACCAAAAUGGUGGUGGAGGAGUUUGGCAUGUCUGCCAUAUCUAAUGAAUUUCUUGGAUCAACUCACUUGGGCCUAUGCUCACCCUACCAACAACCCACCGCCAUUCCUCGAAAACUUUGACAAUCUAGCAUUCCCAUUGCACAGUUCCCUCUUAGCACUCCCAAAGUUUUUCCUGUCAUGUUACCCUAUCAUGUUUUACUUUUGGAUAGUAAGGCGGAAAGAGUGGCCUCAUUUCCUCAGGUUUCAUGUUAUAUCUGCAGUAUUGUUUGGGAGUUUAGUGCAGGUGAUUGGAAUAUCAAGCAAUUGGUUCCCCUCACGGUUCUUCCCUCCGCAUUUUUGGUCUGCAGCCACAUUUUUCUUUUUGGUUACAGUGUUUGAUUGCAUGCGAUGUGCUAUUGCUGGUGAAUAUUCCGGCAUCCCUUUUGUGAAAGACGCUGCUCUCCUCCAUUCAGACCUGAAUCUCAGAUAAUUGUAUCAAAUUACUGUUUCAAAUAUCAAAUUACACUUUGUUGAGCUUACGCAGGAUGAUCUGGCCAAGCAUGUACUGUAAUAGAGUGACUUUGAAUCAAAGGGAACAUAUACGUAAGCAGUGUUUGCAUUCAAUGGUGUUGUUGUAUAGUACUUCUAUCAUUCUUGAUUUGUUUUCUGCUAUAAGAAUUUCUUGAGCUUGAUAUGAUAA